UUUCCUGUCGUCGCGGGAACGGGAUUGGGAUCCGUCUGAGCCGCGUAGUCCGAUUCCAGGUCCAAAUCUUUAUUUUUUUUUCCCGUAGUCUCCAAUUCAAAUUUCGCGGCACUACUUGUCGUUCUUGGAUUCGGACUCAUUUCCUACUCGAAUUAGAGCUGAGCUGAGGCCUCGGUAGGUGGGUUGAGCUUCCUAUUAUAUAUACAAGUGCUGCCUGCCCCUGUUCCUGCUAGGUUGAACUAAAGCUGUGCGGUUGAUAGCUGCGGAAGCGAUUCAUCAUCCAGAAGAUCAGAUUUUGCAAUUUCUCCAAUGGGGACGUGUAGCUUAGUGCGGAUGAUGAGCUUACUGCAGCUAGACUUGAGAAUGUUGCGUAUGCUGCUGGCCCUUUCUCCCCCUCCCAGUUCACACUGGAAAUUCAGAAAACACCCGCCAUUGAUGCUGAUGGAGACCGAGACCGUGGUGGAAAUAUUGCCGGAGACGCCGCUGAUGGAGACCGAGACUGUGGUUGAAACACUGCUGGAGCUGCCGUUGGAUGUAUUGAUGGAUAUCUUUUCCCUCCUGGAGCUUCCUGACCUCAUUCGUGCGAGCUUUGUGUGCUCCUUCUGGCGCUCUGCUUAUAGUAGUCUACAUAACCAGCUUGGGCAAUAUAAGCGGCCCCAGACACCUUGCCUCCUCUACGCCUCCGAAGCUGAUGGUGAGAACGGAGCUUGUCUCUACAGUCUUGCAGAAAAGAGGGUCUACAAGCUAACUCUUCCGGAUCCACCUAUCCGUAGUAGGCAUCUCAUUGGGUCCUCCUAUGGCUGGUUAGUUACUGCUGAUGAGAAGUCUGAGCUUCACCUUCUCAAUCCGAUCACUGGUCAACAGAUUGUCCUCCCCUCGGUGAUCACCAUUGAGCAAGUAGAGCCGAUCUUAGACAGUGCCGGUGCAGUUAAUAAUUAUAAGAUGUGGGAUUUAGAGCAGGACGAUGAUCCUAAUGAGUUUCCUGACUGCCUCUGCAUCAGGGCUUUUGUGUUUCCUGAUCCACCCACGGGAAGCUACAUUGUGGUUCUCAUCCACAAUCCAGAGCGAUAUCUUUCGUUUGCAAGGGUAGGUGAUUAUAAGUGGACCUCCCUGCCAGGUGAGAACUAUGAACAAUGCAUCCACAUGGAUGGUCUAUUGUAUGCAUUCACAGAAACCGGAGGAGUCUAUACUUUUGAUCUGACCGGUCCUACCAUCACAAGGAAUAUCAUUGCAGAGGAGAUGGAGAAUUACAUUAGUGCGACUGAUGGGCACAUGUACGUUGUUCAGGCUCCAUGGGGUGAUAUGUUGCAAGUUUGCAGAGACACUGAAUGCACAGAGGGGUUCACAAAGACUAAGAAAAUGAUGUUAUAUAAAACUGAUAUGGCAGCAAAAGAGCUUGUGGAAAUGCAUGGCUUGCAUGAUCAUGUGUUGUUUCUUGGGCGUAGUCAGUUGCAAUGCCUCAGUGCUGAGGAAUACCCGCAACUGAAGACAAAUUGUGUUUAUUUCACAGACGACAUGACAUAUAUUUCGAAGUAUAAGAAUGAUGACCGGGAUAUAGGUAUUCUCAACUUGGAAAAUGGCAGCAGGGAAGAAAUUGUACCUCAGCUUUGGUGCAACUGGCCAAAUCCCAUAUGGAUAACACCAAAUCUCAUGAGGAUGAAUAUGUGAUUCUACAAAUAGUUAACUUAUUAUAUUUAUAUACGUAUUAGAAACUGUAUCAUAGGGCUGUGUUAACCAAAAUUCCUAAUUUUGUGGGCAAAUGCUAUGAAAACAGAAGCAUGUUCUGUAUCUUCUCCAUACUUGGUGUGCUAUAUUUAAUUGGCUUUUAUUUUCCGUAUCUCUUGUUUGUGUUUCAGAGUACAUUUCUAUGGUACUAACCUUCUCCAUUUAGGUCUAACAUAGAACCACACUAUUAGUUUUUAUUUUUUGCACAUAACCAGUUAACCACAUGUUUUUAGGUAAAUCCCAUUAUGAUCAUUUCGGUGUGCAUGUUCAUCUCUGUAUUUGAUGGAGAGGCUGUGAUACACCGGGCAUCUUUUCAAGUCUUCUUUUAACAAUUUGUACUCCCCUCUUUUUUUUUACUUAAAAAAUAGGAGAGGUCAAUAAGAUAUUAUGAAAACUGAAUGAGCAAUGGAAGACAAGUUUUCCAUCGUAAAAAGUUCGCAAGAAAUUGGCAAGCCAAAAUAUCACUGCUACUGUUCCAACUUCUAAAUUUUUGCCUGUAGAGUUUUUCCAGUGAAAGCUGUAUCUACACGUGACCGGUGUUACCAUACCGAUUGUCUAUGUAAUACUUAUGUCUUAUAAACAGGAGUAGUCUACAUAUGGACCUAAGAUACCGAAACAGAUAUAUGGACCCGACUACUCCUGUUUACAUUCAGAAUAUAAAGAGGAGUAAUCUACUUAGGUUCAUAUGUAGACUACUCCUGUUUACAUUCAGAAUAUAAACAUGAGUAGUCUACAUAUGGACCUAGGAUACCGAAACAGAUAUAUGGAUCCGACCCCUAAGCUAGAUAAAUCUAUGACUUGCAUGAUACCAGCGACUAUCUACUCUACAUCAUGCAGUGUAGAAAAUAUCCAUAAGAUCAUAUCUUUCCUUUCUUGUAUAUGAGCUUUCUGUUUUUAUUGUAGAAGCUGAGGAAUGCCUUUUUC